CAGUGGGUGUCCUGGAUAGCAAGACCUGGCUAGUCCAGGGGUGGGUACGCUAUCAUGCCGCCCAUCCUCCAGCGCCUGCAGCAGGCCACCAAGAUGAUGAGCCGCAGGAAAAUCCUGCUGCUGGUGCUGGGGUGCAGCACCUUGAGCCUCCUCAUCCACCAGGGUGCACAACUCAGCUGGUACCCCAAGCUGUUCCCUCUGAGCUGCCCGCCUCUGCAGGACUCACCACCGCGCCCCAAGCACAUGACCGUGGCCUUCCUGAAGACGCAUAAGACCGCGGGCACCACGGUGCAGAACAUCCUGUUCCGCUUCGCCGAGCGCCACAACCUGACGGUGGCCUUGCCGCACCCGCGGUGCGAGCACCAGUUCUGCUACCCGCGCAACUUCUCGGCGCACUUCGUGCACCCGGCCACGCGGCCGCCGCACGUGCUGGCCAGCCACCUGCGCUUCGACCGCGCGGAGCUCGAGGGCCUCAUGCCGCCGGGCACCGUCUACGUCACCAUCCUGCGGGAGCCCGCGGCCAUGUUCGAGUCCCUCUUCACCUACUACAACCAGUACUGCCCGGCCUUCCGGCGCGUGCCCAACGCGUCCCUCGAGGCCUUCCUGCGCGCGCCCGAGGCCUACUACCGCGCGGGCGAGCACUUCGCCAUGUUCGCGCACAACACGCUGGCCUACGACCUGGGCGGCGACAACGAGCGCAGCCCGCGCGACGACCCCGCCUACCUGGCGGGCCUCAUCCGCCAGGUGGAGGAGGUCUUCUCGCUGGUCAUGAUCGCCGAGUACUUCGACGAGUCGCUCGUGCUGCUGCGGCGCCUGCUGGCCUGGGACCUGGACGACGUGCUCUAUGCCAAGCUCAACGCGCGCGCCGCCAGCUCGCGCCUGGCCGCCAUCCCCGAGGCGCUGGCGCGGGCCGCGCGCGCCUGGAACGCGCUGGACGCCGGCCUCUACGACCACUUCAACGCCACCUUCUGGCGCCGCGUGGCGCGGGCCGGCCGCGCGUGCGUGGAGCGCGAGGCGCGCGAGCUGCGCGAGGCCCGCGAGCGCCUGCUGCGGCGCUGCUUCGGCGAAGAGCCGGUCCUGCGGCCCGCGGCUCAGAUCCGCACCAAGCAGCUGCAGCCCUGGCAGCCCAGCCGCAAGGUGGACAUCAUGGGCUACGACCUGCCCGGCGGGGGCGCUGGCCCGGCCACGGAGGCCUGCCUCAAGCUGGCCAUGCCCGAGGUCCAGUACUCCAACUACCUGCUGCGCAAGCAGAAGCGCCGGAUAGGGGAAGUCUGAGACCUGCGCACAACUGCCCUACCCAUUUCUGGGGUUGAGCCCUCCCUCCACCAGUUUCCAGAGCCGGUGGGCCCAGGCUGCAGAGGAGGUCCGCCUGCCGGCCUCCAGGAGCCCUUGCUUUUCCUCACAGCGGCCAGAGGGCCCCACACCAUCCGUCUUCCAGGUUCCACUCUCAGCACAGACCUAAGCUGC